AUGGAUGUUGAGAAAGGCAAGAAGAUUUCUGUACAGAAGUGUGCCCAGUGCCACACUGUUGGGAAGAGAUGCAAGCACAAGACCGGGCCAAACCUCCAUGGUCUCUUUGGGCAGAAGACCGGUCAGGCUGUUGCAUUCUCUUGCACAGAUGCCAACAAGAACAAAGGCAUCACCUGGGGAGAGGAUACAUUGAUGAAGUAUUUGGAGAAUCCCAAGAAGUACAUCCCCGGAACAAAAAUGAUCUUCCCUGGCAUCAUGAAGGGAAAGAGGGCAGACUUAAUUGCUUACCUCAAAAAGGCUACUAAUGAGUAA